AUGGUGGUGUUGACAAAUAGUACAGCAUUAUCGCUGACCUUCUUUCUAACAGGAAUUCCAGGAUUGGAAGAUAUUCAUAUCUGGGUUUCUAUUCCCUUUUGUUGUCUCUAUGUCAUUGCUCUCUCAGGAAACAGCAUGAUCCUGUUUGUCAUUAUUACUGAGCAGAGCCUACAUGAGCCAAUGUAUUAUUUUCUCUUCAUGUUGUCAACCACUGACAUGUGCUUGUCCCUUCUACCAACCACCUUGGGUGUCUUCUGGUUCAAUGCCCAAGAGAUCACUUUAGAUACUUGCAUCAGUCAACUAUUUUUUAUCCAUUUUCUCACCAUCAUGGAGUCUUCAGUGCUUUUAGCCAUGUCCUUUGACCGUUUUGUUGCUAUUUGUGACCCUCUCAGAUAUGCCACAAUCCUAACUCCAGUCAGGAUUAUCCAGUUUGGACUGAUGAUGAUACUUAGAGGUUCUGUUGUUAUGGCUCCAGUGCUCCUGCUUCUUAAACGCCUAUCAUUCUGUAAAAAUAAUAUACUAUCACAUUCUUAUUGUUACCACCCUGAUGUGAUAAAGCACUCUUGUUCAAACACCAGGCCUAAUAGCAUAUAUGGAUUAAUUGCAAUAUUUCUAACAUUUGGCUUAGAUGCUCCUUUGAUCAUCCUUUCUUAUAUUCUGAUAAUUCGUUCUUUACUUAGCAUUGCAUCCCCACACGAAAGGCAGAAAGCCUUUAGCACCUGUGUUUCUCACAUUGGUGCCAUUUCCAUCUUCUAUAUACCACUUAUCAGUCUGUCCAGUGUCCAUAGGUGGGGUCACAAAGCACCUCCAUUUGUUCACACUAUGAUGUCCAAUGCCUUUCUCCUUCUGCCCCCUGUUCUCAAUCCAAUUAUCUAUAGUAUUAAAACUAAGCAGAUCCGCAAAGUCAUCUGUAAAAUUUUCAGAAAAAUGGAAAGUGGAUCAAAUGCAGCUCAACUGUAA